UGCAUCCCCAUCCCCCACACGGUGGCCGUCUCUCUGGGUGAAAGCUGUCUUCCCAGCGCCACUGGCCCGACAAAACGUUGUUGUAGCAGAGCCAGUCCGCAUCGACACACGGGACAACCGACCAGAGCACGUACACACAUCCAUAUAUAUACACACACACACACACACACACACACACAUACACACAUCCACACACACACACAGAGAGAGAGAGAGACACGGGAGGAAACCUUUUGUUGUUCGACCGAGUGGCACUGAUUUGCAUAUCCACUUCCACUCCUUCCUCAUUUGCAUACAGCAAGAAUGGCGAGCGGGCAUCCCACAGACAAAUUCAGUUUCAUGUAUCAACCAGACACGCACAAGAGUAAGAACAGGUUAUCUUCAGCUAUGAAUCCAGUCUACAGCCCUGUUCAGCCUGGCACCCCCUAUGGAAACCCUAAGAACAUGGCCUUUACAGCAGGCUAUCCAGGGGGUUAUCCUGCCACGGCUCCCACCUAUACACCCAACCUCUAUCAAACAGGCAGUCCUGGGUAUCCACCAGGAUAUACUCCAGCAGGCACCCCAUACAAAGUGCCCCCUACUCAGUCAAAUGGAGCGCCCCCUCCCUACACCCCGACCCCCACCCCAUACCCGACAGCUAUGUACCCCAUCCGCAGUGCCUACCCUCAGCAGAACAUAUACGCACAGGGAGCGUACUAUACCCAACCAGUGUAUGCGGCCCAGCCACACGUGAUCCAUCACACCACCGUGGUGCAGCCCAACAGCAUCCCCUCCACAGCCCUGUACCCUGCCCCCGUCCCUGUACCUGCUCCUCGCAACAACGGCAUGGCUGCCAUGGGGAUGGUAGCUGGGACAACCAUGGCCAUGAGUGCAGGGACCCUGCUGACAACGCCCCAGCACGCCCCGAUCGGAGCACACCCAGUUACUGUGCCAACCUACAGGCCCCAAGGGACACCUGGGUACAGCUACGUACCGCCUCACUGGUAGAGCCCACCCAUCAUAUCUGGAGUCCACCAUCGUAUGCAACUGCUCAAAUCUUACACGGGCUCCCUAUGGUAACCAUGGGAACUCGGCACCUGUCUGCAAGAACAAAACUAAAGUGCAACAGCCACUUUACCAUUAUUGUUAUUGUUAUUAUGCGACAUUCUCUAACGUUUUUACAAAAGCUGCUUUUAUUUUUUCUUUUUUCUCUGUUCAUUUGCCAACCAGUCAUUACCUUAUUUUUUACGGUUGUUUUUUUUUUUUUUUUUUUUUUUUUAAUGAUUUUUUUUUCUUUCCUCAUUUUCUUUUGCUGUGUCUGUCAUCGGAACUCCAGAAGGACUCUUGACCAAUCACGGGUGUCGGUUGCUCCUGUUUGUGUUGUGCUGGUGUGUGUGGUCCUGCCUGCUGCUCAGUUGGCUGGAAAAUAUCGGGCACUUAUUCCUCAUUAUCAUCUCCAUCAGUCACUACAAAGAUUUAUUGACUUAUGCUGCCAAAUUUUCUAACGACUAGAUAUCAGCACAGGGUUUUAACACAAUUAGGAUUUUUUUUUUGUUUCGUUUUGUUUUUUGCAGGUUAUUUAAUUUUUAAUAUACUCUCUUUUUACCACACCCAGUUGAAUGACCUUUGCUUUUUUCCUGUAGACUUUUUCCUACUUUUGUUCCUCUUCUUCAUCCUUUUUUUUAUCCACUUUGUUUCAUUUUCAGUUUAAUCUGUCGUCUUCCAGCACAUUAGCUGUCUGUCCGGCAGUAGUCAGUAUGUCAUCCCUGUUGUUAUGUCUCCAUAUGAGUGCUGUGUCACUAUGAACAGAGCACUUACCAACCAUUAUCCCAUCCUGCUGCGUGUCCCACUGUGUCCACAUUAGCAUAAUAUCCAGUGUACACUAAGGAAACAUCACCUACUUCAUGCUACAUACUAUGCAGGCUAGUAUGUUGUGACACUAUUGAAAUCUUAAUCUAGCUAGAGAACAUUUUGGGGUCGUCCGGGUCAUGUCAGCUUUUUAUGUGGUUAGCGUAGGUCAAAACAUUUAGAAAAUGUAAAAAUAUUUAUGAUAACCGUGUCAACAGCAUGGGUGGUCGUGCACACUUUCACACACAUACACGCAAGCAUGAACACGCGCAGGGGCUCCUGCGGCGUGUCGGAAACACACGAUCACUUAGUGGCACUUACUGUACAGUACCUCCAGUUAUGUCGUUACUGAUCAAUACAUACAUACACACACAAGCAAACACACACACACACACACAACAUGGAUCCUAGGGGUGUGCAUGGCAGACACAGCCAGCAGAGAAGGAGUUUAAAGGGAUUGUGUUGGCAGCGGGAGAAGAGAGCAGGAUGAGACAGAGAGAGCAGACAAGGGAGGAGGAGGAGGAGGAAGAAGAGGAGGAGACGACAACGUGGUCACAGUCAUUUCAUUUCAAGGCACAAGAAAUUUGAGUUUGUGACAUCUCACCUGCAAGAGACUGCACAGACACAUUGCUGUUUGCACUACAUGUGUUGUACUGUGGUUUCUCACUGUGAUUAUGUCGUCUUCUCCUUCUCUCUCCCAGAAGAGGACCAAUAACCAAACACUCAACAAACAGAAAGUCAGACUCUGUGCAUACAGUUUAAAAAAUGGACAAGUUGAAUACAUGGGCCCGGCGGCUGGAAAGGAUUUAAUCCUUUAGUUCUGCAGUAACAUCUGGAUGCUUGUGCAAGCAGGAAAUUGUGUCCAACCAGGCGGCUGCAGUGUGUGUACACAUGGUCCAUGUCAUAAGGAUGUUUUAUUGUCAGAAUUUAGGUCAAAAAUUACAGUUAUGGGCACUCCUCUGUGAGAGUGCACGAGCCAAAUCAGAAUACUAGUAUCACAAAAGUGCAGUGGGGGUGCAGUGUCACUCAGUCACUUGCUUUUAAACCAGUUCGGUCCUUCUUGGGGGGGUCAGGAGCAAAGCAGCACGAUCCCACCAGGGGCUUUUAGUAGUUUUUAUGAAUAAAGAAUGAUACAUCUGUUCAAUGUGCUCAUUUCUGCAAGAGGCUGUGAUUUACACAUAUCUGCUUUUACUCACUGCAUGAAAACAUCCUCUACCUUUUUAAAAAUCCAGCAUAAACUAGAUUUUAAGCAAAUAGUCAUUAGAUGAGGAUAAUAUUUAAGACAAUGAGACGUGGACCCUAUAGAGCAAUUUACCAUUUCUUUAUUGCAUUAUUUAUGCUCCUACACGCAGUAUGAUGAUCCAUCUUAAUCGAACUCUGCAGCGAGUCUUUGUUUAUUGGUUCUUGGCUUGAGAAAAGGGAGGUGAAAGGGUGGUGUUGGUGGAGUUUAAUACAUAGGUUAGGCCUGUGGCAUUUUUCAGGAUUUACACAAUUAAAAUAAGACUCAAUUCACAACUUCAUAAUCUGUAGAGGACCGAUUGGUAUAACAAGAGCAUUUACUGCGCGGGUAUGUAGAUGAAGUGGUUUGAUAUUGCAAUAAAACAAGAGGGAAUGCCUCCAACUGUUGACAAACAGUAAUUAUUUUAUCAGCGUUUUGAAUUGAUUUUGAAAAAAAUGCUUAUUGUUGUAAUCUCUUAACAUGGACUACAGGCUCUGUAUGCCCUCCAUUCAAUAAUUAUUACUGCUAAGAAGUGUAGAACAUAUCAAAAAUUUGGGUAUUGAAUAACUUUGUGAGGAAAUAUUGCACAACAUAAGAAGAAAAAAAAAAACUUGAUGACUAUAAUUUAAUGCUAAGUAACAGGUACCUAGGCUUUUUAGUGCAAGAGGGAGGAAGAAGCAAUUUAUAUUGUAAUUAAAAAUAAAAUAAGGUCGAGUGUUUGAGGUAUUCUUAGUCCAGAUGUUUGUACACUAGUAGGUUAAUUCUCAAGAAAAUAUUGCAUAAUACCGCUGUCGGAUGAAAACCGUCUAUGUUUGAGCCCUAUUUUUAAAAUGACCCUUGUAUUUUAGAAGCCUGGUUAUCAAGUGGAUGUUAUUAGGGUCAUUAAAUGCUACAACCAUUUAAGGAUCUUGUACAUUUUAAUCCCAGUAAAACGGAAAAAAAAAGAGAUUGAAAAACUGGAUUUUCUUGCGACAGCAGUAAUGUUAUUUGUCAUUAGGAUUUAUUUAACCAACCACUACUUCUGUCAGUAUUUCUCAAUUAAACUUUAUUUUCUUCUUUCCCUCUGGUCAAUUGAGCAUAAUGGGUAUGCAUAAUAUUCAGGUGUAUUUCACUAUAGCAUUGGAUCUCUAAGUUUAAAAAAAAAAUGCAGUAUAUUUAUACAGCAAGUGGUACAGUAAUGUAUUUCUAGCUAAGCAUGGUUGCAUCAGUGUGGCAGCUACUGUUUGUGCUUUUAAUAUAUAUAUUUUUUUUUACCUCCUCUUCUGCAUAUUUGUCCUUUUACAUAUCUGUCACUGAGGGGGGAGAAGUUAAGACGAGGUCUGUAAAUGAAGUUAGGACUUUGGAAAGCAUUGAAUGGAAAGCAUUUUUGGUUGACUGAAGGAGGAUACCGUUAUGCUCCUUUUUAAAAAACCGUCUUUGCUAUCUAUUUCUGCUCUGUGGGUGCAAAGAUAUUUGAAUGAUCAAUGCCCUUUGUUCUGUGCCAUAUUUCACAAACUGUUGUUCAGUAAAUAUGUUUCUUUUCCUAAGUAACUGGUGAAUUCUGAGUCCUUGUUAAGUCUAGCUUCCUGUGAAUCUUGUUUUCUUAGUGCUGUCCUAUUUCUCACAUUGUUGUUGAUGCAUAUUGCCUGUUUCACUUUUAUCUUUCUUACUGUAUCCUCCGUGUGUAUCCUGUUUUCACUCUGUGCCACAAGCCUAUUCAGAGGCCAUUUUGCAUCCCCCUACCCCAAACAUUAAAACGUUUUGUUUUUAUUACAUUCAGGGAUGCAAAAUGAUGUCGGAUCACGUGUAUCGCUCACCCCAGUAUCCACUCUUCAUCUUUUCUUCUAACACUCUGCUCUCAAAAUGUUUUUUUGGCCUUUACGCGCUAUCAGUCUGACCUUUGCAACCCUCACCACCCUGUCUGAGUAGCAGACAUAUUGAAUUAUAUGAUAGUCAUCAAAUUUGUGUCAACAAUGGUGAUAAGCUAAUGUAUUUUAUUUGCAUUAGUAAUACUCCACUGAGCCUGUUUAAACACUAGAUGUCGCCAGUGACAAAGUCUGGGACUGGCAUCACUGUGAUUCAAGGCUGUGAGCCAAAAUGAAAAAAUAUCAAUGUCUCAUCUAAUUUCAGUGGAUAUAAGCAGCUGUUUUGAGCACUGAGAUAUUUGAAGAAACUGACUUGUUCCAAAUUAAAUGUUUUGUUGCUUGGAGAUUUUCAGAAAUACAAUUUUAGACAAGAACAAGACACUAAUAUUUUAUUUGUGGUGUUAACACUUCCUAUUAGGAGGAGUUGGUUGUUUGAGAUGGUAAUAAGAGAUUUUUCCCCUUAUGGGCAGUGGACCGGUGCUCUUAAAAACAGUAAUUGUGUUUUUAAUGUGGAAGCUCAGUAGAGAUGCAGAGCCACAGAGCAUUCAGGUUAGUUAAAGGAAAACAACUCAGAGCAGUUUGUUUUCCAGGGUGGUGAAACUGCUUCCUCAUUUCACUUCAUUCCUUGCUUCUCAUUUAUUUAAAUUUGCACUUAAGUGAAAAUGGACAGUUGAACACUUCAAAGUGUUUAGGGGAGAAAUGCAAAGUUGUCUUAAUCAUGGUCUUUUAUAAUCUUUUUUUUUUUUUUACUUUCCUCUCUCUUCCUCUGUGACAUUUCCAAGCAUUGAAAGGUGGUAACUUUAAUGAUAAUUACUUCUUUUGUUUUUGUUUUCAGUAUAUAUUUUUUUUUGCAUUUUUUCACUUUGAUAGUGAAAAUGCGACAGAACCAUUCAUAACACAUCUCUCCUGUCCUUCCAUCUUCACUCUCCCCCCCCUCCCCCCUUCUUUUUUUGCCUUGCAGUUGCUAAGUCUUAGUUUUUUCAUGAAUAUAAAUUAAAACACUACUAUCACAGUGAAUAGUAGGCUCUUAAAUGUCUUUGAUGUUCUGCUGCAGCUUUUUAAUUUCAAUUUGUCAGAGAUAUUUCUUAGUUUAAUUUGACACUAAAUGUGAUGCAAAAAGUGGAAAUUCCUUGUCUUCCAAAAAAAAAAAAAAGCGUACUUGUAUCCCCCCCCGGAUCGAGUAUUAGGAACAACCCCAUCUUUGGAAGUUUUAGUUUGGUACCCAGUUUGCACAUGCUAUGGUAUAUCUGUUACCGUAAGGUUGUGUUUGAAACUGAAGCCCAACGUCUGUUCAGCGUUGAGAGAAGUGAAUUGUAUGUUAGCUAUUUGGUCCAGAGUGAAGGACCUGCGUCAGGCUUGUGAUAUGAAGUGUAAAUCUGUUUUUAAUUUUUGUUUUUAUGUUUUUUUCUUUUGUUUGUUUUUUCGUUUUUUUUUUUUUUUUUUUUAGGGUUUUUUUUAAAGAUCAGUUAGUGAUCUUAGUACUAUAACUAAGCCAAGUUUGUAAUUGUAUAUUUACUGUAAAAUGUAGAACAUUGAAUAACUAUUAAAAUUUUCCUAUAAAAGGAA